AUGCCGCCAAAAUACAGCGUCAUUAUGAGCCCCCCAGAGGCGGAAAGCCCCGAUGCGGCCGGUGAUGCCUCGCAAGAAAUACCACAAACCGACAAACCGAAUUCGCUAUCGACCAAAGAAUCCAACGCCGCCAUCGAAAGCACAAUGGAGAACCCCGUCCCCGACCUUGCCGCCCCCAAUCUCGAUGACGAAGCUUCCGCCCUUGCUCACCUUACCGAAAACGUCCGUGACCAAGACGAACUAGAACGCGACAUUACCCUCCAAGCCAACGCGGCCCUUAUCGAAGCCGAAGACACUCGCGACAGGAAGCGUAUCGAGAAAGCCCAGAUCCAAAAAGUGAGGCUGGAAAACCAGCGAAAGACCCAACAGGCCAAACUCACUUCUGGCCGCCUCACGCCUGCCAACAGGCUUAGGAUUCAGAAGGAAAUCACCCGGCUGGACUCUGAGAUUGAGAUUUGUGAGCAAGAUGUUAGGGACUUUGAGACCAGGAUUGAGGCUAGACAUCAGGAGGGAGCAGCAGAGACACAGUCCAAAGGGGCCGGAGCGGUGGGUGGAAGGCUUCCCAAUGAGACGCAAAGAGAAUAUUUGAUCAGGACUGGCAAAAUCACCCCAUUCGCGACGUUUGGUGGACCGAGACCAGAUGGGGUGGAAGGAGAACUCGCUGAUGCGAUUAUUGAAGCUGAAGACGAGGCUGUUGCGGAGGAAAUCGAGGAGCAGGUCGGGGACGGGCCGCGAAGUCAUCAAAAUCUAAGGAGGCCAGGGUUUGCAGAGGAGACCGAGAACAGUUCAACGGCCGAGUUGGAGUUUUCGCUACGGCCUAGAAAGAAGAGGAGAGUAGUGCAGGAGGUCGAAGGAGGAUCCGAUGACGAAUUUGAGCCUGAAGACGGUGCCAGAGAUGAUGAGGAGGACGAGUCUUUGGAGGAUGAUUUCGACAUGACCGACACAACUCUAAAGAAAAAGAGGAAAAGGGGGAAAGGUGUCGCCACUGCGGCGGAUGGCGUUGGUGAGGAAAAGGUCGAUUUGAGCAACAUUGACGACGGUAAUGAAGCUGUGUAUCAGGCCCGAUUGGAAGAUUGGGUCAAGCGAAGAAGUCGUGCAAGGCGAGCCCGCCAGCUCAGACUGGGUCAAGAGGUUGAGAGCGAGUGGGACGGCGAGGAAGAGUGGUUCAAGCCUUCUCCCGACGAAUCUGACCAUCAAUUUGAGAAUGGAAUGAAGCUCCCGGGUGACAUUUACCCUUCGCUUUUCGAUUACCAAAAGACAGGUGUUCAAUGGCUGGCUGAGUUGUAUGCUCAGCAGGUGGGUGGCAUCGUCGGCGAUGAGAUGGGACUCGGUAAAACAGUACAGCUGAUCUCGUUCGUGGCGGCUUUACAUUACAGCAAGAUGUUGAACAAGCCAGUCAUUGUAGUUGCACCGGCAACCGUUCUGCGGCAGUGGGUCAACGAGUUUCAUCGCUGGUGGCCACCUCUCCGCGUGUCGAUUCUGCACUCUUCAGGCAGUGGAAUGUUCAACGUCCUUGAUGAGGGCAAAAGGGAAGAUGUGGAGGAUAACUGGGAUACGAAAAGUCCCGCCAAAUCCAGCAAGGCAGCGAAGAAGAUUGUAGACAAAGUGGUGAAACACGGCCAUGUGCUGGUCACCACUUAUGCCGGUCUCCAAACCUAUGGCGAUGUUUUGAUCCCCGUGGAAUGGGGUUAUGCUGUUUUGGACGAGGGUCACAAGAUUCGGAAUCCCAACACUGCAAUCACAAUCUACUGCAAGGAGCUCCGAACACCAAACAGGAUCAUCUUAUCUGGCACACCAAUGCAAAAUAAUCUCACAGAGCUCUGGUCACUCUUCGAUUUCAUUUUUCCUAUGCGCCUCGGGACCCUGGUUUCGUUCCGGACUCAGUUCGAAGUCCCCAUCAAACUCGGAGGUUACGCUAAUGCGACCAAUCUUCAGAUCAUGACAGCACAAAAAUGCGCCGAGACACUCAAAGAGGCCAUCAGCCCGUAUCUCCUUCAACGUCUCAAGGUAGACGUUGCUGCGGAUCUACCGAAAAAGAGCGAACAGGUUCUGUUUUGCAAGCUCUCUAAGCCCCAGCGGGAGGCCUACGAGCUCUUUCUCAAGUCGGACGAAAUGGCAUCGAUCCUUGAUAGGAGCCGUCAGUCGCUUUAUGGUAUUGAUAUUCUUCGCAAGAUCUGUAAUCAUCCAGAUCUGCUGAAUCCCCGACUCAAGAAUGAGCCUGGAUAUCUCUGGGGGAGCGUUGAGAAGUCAGGCAAGAUGGCAGUCGUCCAGUCUCUGCUACCGAUGUGGAAACGACUCGGACACAAGACACUGUUAUUCUGCCAGGGCACACAAAUGCUAGACAUCAUUGAGGCUUUUGUUCAGCGGCUGGACGAUGUGAGGUAUCUGCGCAUGGAUGGCAAAACACCAAUAAAGCAGCGCCAAACCCUCGUCGACCAGUUCAACAACGAUCCAAGUCUUGACGUGUUCUUGCUAACAACCAAGGUCGGCGGACUAGGGGUGAACUUGACAGGUGCUAACCGAGUCAUCAUCUUUGAUCCCGACUGGAAUCCGUCUACGGACGUACAAGCACGGGAGAGAGCGUGGAGAUUGGGUCAGAAGAGGGAGGUGACUAUUUACCGCCUGAUGACGGCUGGUACGAUUGAGGAGAAGAUCUAUCAUCGCCAGAUUUUCAAGCAAUUUCUGUCCAACAAGGUACUCAAAGACUCGAAACAACAGACCAACUUCAACCUCAACGAUUUGCAUGAUCUUUUCAGUCUCAGCUCGUAUGAAGACGGCAUGACAGAGACGAGCCAGCUGUUCAAGGGAAGUGAAGCCAAGAACUUUAUGAAAUCCGGACCCAAGGAGCUUCUUAUACCUGGGCAGGAUAGGGUUCUGCUCGGCCCUUCUGCAAAGAAGGCAGCUGCUCGUGAAGUCGCCUCCGUUACGGUCAAGGCUGAGCCCCAGGAUGACGGUGAAAACGACCUCCGCAAUAUUGAGGGGGUAGCUAGUCUGGAGACAUUCAAAGCAGAAUCCGACCCACCAGCCAAUGAAGAGGAUCGCCUGAUGGAAGGACUUUUCGCGAGGUCGGUCCACAGUGCCUUGGAGCACGAUAAGAUUAUGAACGGCAAAAAGACUGUGAGGGCGGACAAGAAGAUGAUUCAGCAGGAAGCCAACAGGAUCGCCGCUCAAGCUGCUCUCAGUCUUCGACGCGCAGGCGAGCAAGCCCGCAACGUGCCUAUUGGCACCGUGACAUGGACAGGUGAGGUAGGAGAGGCUGGCCGACCAGUGCAACCACGUAGACGUAUUGCGCCAGGUUCGGCCAUCAUCCGAAAUGCUGGUGCGAGUGGUUCGAGACCAGGAACUCCCAAUGCCCAGCCAGCACCAGACAGGACGCUUCGAGCCAAGGACUUUGAAAAGAUGAUUCCUGCCUUUAUCAAGCGCCAUGGUGGUCAGGUCGUCUCUAAGCUUUUGGUGGAUCAUUUCAAUCAGUAUUGUACAGGUACUCGUCAGGCGGAAGAGUUCAAGAUUGCGCUUGGGAAGGUGGCCCAGAUGGAUAAGAAGGGAACCAGUAUGCGAGCUACUUGGUCUCUCAAGCCCGAUUUUCAGUGA